AUUUUGUCUGAUAUUUGUUAUUGACAAAAAUACAGGAUUCAGUCCUAUGUCAAUAAAGGGCUGCAUUUGUACAACUUCGCCACUUAAGGGUAUCAAGGUGACACACACGGUAGUUGAAAAUCAAGCAGAAGCUAAUUACUGGAGACAACUAAAAACAAAUUCUUUUUUUACUGACAUUACCACUUCUGUAGUGACCUCGAAAUAUUAAUUGCUUGUUUCACUCAUAAACACGUCCUUAAAUUGGUUUUACACGUCUAUUAUUAAAAUUAAAUACAUUUCAAUAAUUAUAAACAAAACUUGUUGUCAUGCUGUCAUCUGUCAAAAACGUUGACGCGCAUAAAAAUCCCCAGAUUUGAAAGUGCGCGGUUGAAUUUUUAGGUUAGAAUGGAAGAACCAAAAGAAAUCAAAAAAUUGGAUGAGGCCGUAAUUAACAGAAUUGCGGCCGGAGAAAUCAUACAAAGACCGGCAAAUGCCCUUAAAGAAAUGAUCGAAAAUAGCCUCGACGCUAAAAGCACAAAUAUCCAAAUUAUGGUCAAAAACGGUGGCUUGAAGCUACUUCAGAUUCAAGACAAUGGCACAGGGAUCCGUAAAGAUGACUUUCCUAUUGUUUGUGAGCGUUUCACCACUUCAAAAUUGCGCGAAUUUGACGAUUUGCAGAAUAUCUCGACGUAUGGUUUUCGGGGCGAAGCUCUGGCUAGUAUCAGUCAUAUUGCACAUUUGACUAUUGUCUCAAAAACCUGUAACGAACUGUGUGCUUAUAAGGCACAAUUUGUUGAUGGGAAGCUCCAAGGAUCUCCUCUACCGACUGCGGGGAAUCAAGGGACUAUCAUCACAGUCGAAGAUCUAUUUUUUAAUAUGUCAGUCCGGAAAAAAGCGCUGAGGAGUCCAGCUGAAGAGUAUCAAAAAAUUUCUGAAGUUGUAGGGAAAUACGCAAUUCAUAAUAGUAAAGUGGGGUUUGGGUUAAGGAAAUCGACUGAAAAUAAUGAUAUAAGGACUCCGCCCGAUUCCACGUGCGUUGAGAAUAUUAGAAUUAUCUAUGGAAAUAGUAUUGCAAGAGAAGUGGUCGAUUUUGAGCUACAAAAUGACAUUUUAAAUUUUAAAGCGAGGGGGCACAUGACAAAUGUUAAUUAUUCGAGCAAAAAAUUAACUUUUUUACUGUUUAUCAACAACAGAUUAGUCGAUUGCAAUAACUUGAAAAAAUGUAUUGAUCAAGUUUACGCCACUUAUCUCCCAAAAAACAGCCACCCUUUUGUUUAUCUAAGCCUAGAAUUAGAUCCUGUAAGUGUCGACGUGAACGUCCACCCCACCAAACACGAAGUUCAUUUUUUAAACGAGGAACAAAUCAUUGAGGCAGUUUGUGGGGCCCUUGAGACCAAAUUGUUAAAGUCUAACAAUUCCAGAGUCUACUAUACUCAAGCUAAACUUCCGGGGGUCCAGGUCGAAAAUUUGCCUCUCAAAGACCCCGACAAAGACAAAUCUAAAAUAAAUCCUAAAGAAUUGGUCAGAACUGACGCAAAUGAGCAAAAAAUUGAAAAGUUUUUUGGGGCUCCACUCGACCAAAGCACGUCAAAAUCGAAACAAACGGAGGUGUUGAGUGCUCCCUUUAUUUCAAAAGUUAAUAGGGUUGAAACCGAAUUGGCCAGUAUUUUAGAAUUACGCAAAGACGUUGAAAAAAAUUGUCAUAGAGUGUUACGUGACCUUUUCUCUCAACAUGUUUUUGUGGGGGCUAUUAACCCGUUUCAGGCUCUCAUUCAAUAUAGCACGAAAUUGUUUCUGUGUAACACUAAAAAAAUCAUGUCUGAAUUGUUAUAUCAGUUUAUUUUGUAUAAUUUUCAAAAUUUUGGUUUUAUAAAUUUUGCCAAGCCUUUACCGGUUUAUGAUUUGGCUUUGCAAGCGUUGGAACUGUCGGAAGUCGGGUGGACGCCUGAAGAUGGGGAAAAGACAGAUUUGGCACAAAAAAUUACUGAUAUUUUAACCAAAAACGGGGAAAUGUUGAACGAAUAUUUCUCGUUGAAUAUUGAUGAAGGAGGACAGUUGGUUUCUCUUCCGUUGAUUUUGGAUAAUUACACGCCUGAUAUAGCCGGACUUCCGGUGUACAUAGUUAGAUUAGCGACUGAAGUUAAUUGGGAGACGGAAAAGGAAUGUUUUGAUACUGUCGCCAAAGAAACCGCUCUUUAUUACUCCAAAAUGAGCGAGAAUUCAAAGUGGGAAACCAAUGACUGGAAAUGGGUAACCGAACACGUGGUUUAUGCAGCAGUCAAAGAAUAUUUUAUCCCUCCGAAGAAGUUCACCGAGAACGUGGCAGUUCUCGAAAUCGCUAAUUUGCCUAAUUUGUACAAAGUAUUCGAACGGUGUUAAUAAAAUUUUGAAAAAAUUCACUUGUUAAGUU